AUGGCCCAGAUCGGGUAACAAUUCUCCAGGAAUCGGCCUCCCAGACGGGCUGCACCGUGAAAGUGGAAUUUGACGCGUCGCUGACACUUUGGUGCGUGACCAGGUCCUGCCCAGACCCCGAGUACAUAUGGUCUUUCAAUGGGCGGACCCACGAGAGUACCACCAGCUUUGUCAACAUCACGGGGAUGACUAAGGACAAGGAGGGGACCUAUACCUGCAUUGCCAAAAACCCCAUAACCGAGCUCACAGGCUCGGCAUCAGUCUUGGUCAAGAUGCUGGUCGCCACUUCGGCCAUGACGAUCGUGCCCGUUCCCUCCAAGCCCACCGAGGGGAAGGAUGUCAUCCUGUCUGUCCAAGGCUAUCCCAAGGAUCUUCUGGUCUACGCCUGGUACCGAGGGACCGCCUCCGAGCCCAACCGCCUCCUCAGCCAGCUGCCCUCCGGAAACUGGAUCGCAGGGCCAGCCCACACCGGGAGGGAGAUGGGUUUUGCCAAUUGCUCCUUGCUCAUCCAGAAGCUAAACCUCACAGACACCGGCCGCUACACCCUGAAGACCGUCACCCUGCAGGGCAAGACGGAGACACUGGAUGUCCAAUUGCAGGUCUCAAGUAAGUUGCCCACCUCGAUCUUCCCAAGUGCAUUGUGGGUGUUCUUCCCUGUGUCUGUCCAUCUGUCCGUCUGUCCAUCUGUCCUCUCUUCCACAAUGGGGACCUUUUGCUGAGGAAUGGAGCUCCCCAAGGGUGGGCUUUGUCUCCUUCUUCACAGUAGGGGCUUCCUGAAGGUAAAUUUCAUUUCUCUCCAUAUUCGAAAUUUCCUGAGGGUGGGACCGUGUCUCCCCCCUCAGACUGGGCCCUGGCCCAAGGGAGGCGAAUCAUUCAGUCAUUAUUUAUCCUGAGUUUCCAGCGUAGUUUCCAACGUGCCCAGAGAUGGGGGCCAUUUCUCCCCCGACAGACUGAAGGCUCCCAGUGGGCAGGAACAGCAUUUCUCUCUCCAACUUGGAACUCCUGGAGGGCUGGGAAGCACGUCUUCCCCCAUCAGAAUAGAGCUCCCUGGCCACGGGGACCGUGUCUCCCCUCAUCAGACUGGAGGCUCCAGUGGGGGAGAAUCAAAUCAGUUCCAACCCAACAGGAGUUCCCGGGAGAUUUGUACCACGUCUCCCCCAUCUGACUAGGAACUGCCCAAUGGAGGAGAACUGGGUCUCCCUAAAGAUGAGGGCUGUGUCUCCCCAUCAGACUGGGGGCUCUCCAAAGGAUGAAGACCAUGUUUCCUCCAACAGUCCGGGAGCACCCUGAAGAUAGGGGACCGUGUCUCC